CUCGAGUACGCUUUUCUCGAUUUCGACUGAACUUUUCCUCAAUUGCAAUGAAUUUAUGAUCUCUUCCCUCCGAAUUUUUACCAAUCAAUCGUCCACAUAUUUUCUUCCAAUCAAAUUUCUUGUACAGUAACUUAUUGGGUCUUACUGUACUACCUACAACACGAUGAAGUUAAUUUAUUCGUUUUCUUGUUCGCUUUCGAAAGCCUUGGUUCUUUCAGAGCUAUGCGGCCUCUCGUCGGUUGAAGGCGUUAAGGUUCGGGGAGGGGAGAUGUCGAACCAGACACCGAAGGUCACAGCCAAGAACGGUGCAAGUGGAGUCAAGCGUGGGAUUUCGGAUGGUCCAGGACAAAGCAGGAAGUGCCAAAAGGCGACUGUACUUUCGCAUGAAGCUGUGCAAUUUCAUGAGGAAGUGCAGAUACUCAUGGAAAAAUUAGAAUGGCAAGGCCUCCUAGAGAACCAGGAGUCCGCAGACCCACUGGGGCCAACUGUCGCAAAAUACGACGAAUUCCAAAGCCGGGUCGAGUCCAUCAAAAAACAGGUGGAGGAUGCCCUCGGCGCUGAGAAAGCACUCGAGUUCCACCAAGAACUAGAGGAUGUUAUCGAGAAAGAAGAGAAGCAGCUCUUUGA